UUAUUAUAAAUUAACAUAAAUUAAAAAAAAUUAUAGGCUUAUAAUGUCGAAAGAAGUUAAAAGAAAAGUUAUUUCUUUAGAAACUAAAAUCGAAAUUUUGGAUCGCUUACGAAAGGGAGAUAGAGUAGUAGAUGUUGCAAAAUCAUAUAGCAUGAACGAAGCUACAAUAAGAACUAUUAGAACAAAUGAAAACACAAUUAGAAAGAAUGUUGCAGCUGACAAUACCACGAGUAUGUGCACAACACCCUACACUAGAAAUAUCGCAAUGGAAAAAAUGGAGAAAGCGUUAAUGCUUUGGAUAGAAAAUCAAACACAAAAAAGAGUACCCAUUGAUACGGCCGCUAUAACAAAUAAAGCAUUACGAAUUUACGAAAAAAUUGUAGAGCAAUUACCAUCUUCUUCUUCAACUGAAAAGAAGCCAAAUUUUUUGGCAAGUUAUGGCUGGUUUGAAAGAUUUAAAAUAAGACAUUCUUUACACAGCUUACAAUUAAAAGGUGAACUGCCUUCUGGCGACGUAGAUGCAGCCCAAGAAUAUCCAGCAAAUUUUGCAGAAAUUAUUAACGACAAUUCAUACACCCCUGAUCAGGUUUUCAAUGCUGAUGAAUCAGGGUUAUUCUGGAAAAAAAUGCCUGAAAGGACUUAUGUCUCAAAAUUUUAUAAAUCGGCUAGUGGUCAUAAAGCAGCAAAAGAUCGCAUAACAAUUAUUUUCUGUAGCAAUGCUUCAGGAGAUUAUAUUAUGAAACCAUUAGUGAUUAACAAAUCAAAAAUGCUCCGUGCCUUUAAAGGAGUAAACAUCAAUAAUCUUCCCGUUUAUUGGAGGGCUAAUAAGAAAGCGUGGGUUACUGCUGCAAUGUUUACUGAAUGGUUUCAUGAAUGUUUUAUCCCAGUUCCCAAAAAAUAUUUAAUUUCAAAGGGAUUGCCUUUUAAAGUGCUUUUGUUAAUUGACAAUGCGCCGGGUCACCCACAAGAUCUAGAAUAUGAGAACGUUGAAGUAAAAUUUUUACCAAAAAAUACAACUUCAUUAUUACAACCAUUGGACCAAGGCAUAAUUUCUACUUUUAAAGCUUUGUACAUAAAACGAGCCUUUACAUAUAUUUUGGAACAAAUGGAGAACAAUGAAUCUUUAACAGUUAUUAGUGCUUGAAAAAAUUUUACAAUAUUAGACUGCGUGAGCAUUUCGCCUUAUCAUACACUGCGAUUAAGCAAACAACGCUCAAUAGCUGUUGGAAAAAAUUGUGGCCAAAUGUAGUCAAAAAUGAACAUUCCAUUUCAACGUUAAAUGAUGAAUAUUCGCAGAUAGUACAGAUGGCGCAUUCAUUGGGCGGAGAAGGUUUUGAUGAUUUUACUGAUGAUGAUAUCGCAGAGUUAAUGGCUGAUAAAGAACUAAGUGAGGAUUAUUUAGUUAACUUAGUUUGCAAAAGUGAGUCUGACAAAUCUGAU